AUGGAUCCUGAGCGCAAGGGCAACGUCACCGCGAUUACUCAAGAUGUUGACUUCGUCCAGGAGGAUGUCCAGGCAAAAGUAGCAAGGCCACUGUGGGCACUCAUUGUCCUUACUAUUUUAUCUUCUACCUUCCUUUUCUCUCUCGACAACACCAUUGUUGCCGAUGUCCAGUCCCCCAUCAUCCAAGCCUUUGGGGAGGUCGGUAAGCUUAGUUGGCUAGGCGUGGCUUUUGUGCUUUCGGGCUCAGCUACUAUAAUAACCUGGGGCAAACUCUACGGAAUAUUCAGCGCCAAAUGGCUGUAUCUGACAUCGGUCCUCCUCUUCGAAAUUGGCAGUGCUAUUUGUGGUGCAGCUCCGAAUAUGAAUGCAUUCAUCAUCGGUCGUGCUGUUGCAGGUCUAGGUGGAGCUGGGAUGUAUUUGGGCUGUCUAACCUUGUUGACCCUGACUACAUCGGUCUGUCAACGUCCUAACUAUAUGGCACUCACUGGAAUCACGUGGGGAGGUGGAACUGUAUUAGGACCUGUGGUCGGCGGUGCAUUUGCGCAGAACAAGCAUGCAACGUGGCGCUGGGCCUUUUAUAUCAACCUAUGCAUUGGGGGUGUUUUCACGCCAAUAUACCUCUGGUUUCUGCCGCGUGGAGAUCCUCAGCCGGAUACCACACUGAAGAAAAGAUUUCGACAAAUCGACUACUUAGGAAUGAUCCUUAAUAUUGGUGCAUUUACUUCUUUAACCAUGGCUAUCAAUUUUGGUGGAGAUCUUUUCGACUGGGGAGCAGGAUCGGAAAUUGCCUUGUGGGUUGUAGGAGGAGUUCUCCUGCUGUUGUUUGUUCUACAGCAGAAACUCAAAGUCGGUACAACGGCUACUGAGCGAAUCUUCCCGGCCGACUUCCUUCGAACGCCUCUGAUGUGGCUGCUGUUUAUUUGCAUGGCCUGCGCCUCGACCUGUAUAUUUAUACCUACUUACUACAUCCCGCUGUUCUUCCAGUUUGUGAAGGGCGACUCACCCCUAACUGCUGCAGUGAGACUUCUCCCAUUCAUCUGUCUAAUGGUUGUCACCGGGUUCUUAAGUGGCGGGUUGAUGUCAAAGUUUGGAUACUACAUGCCGUGGUAUGCCAUUGGUAGUGCUAUGACAUUGGUCGGCGGAGCUUUGAUGAGCACAAUCAACGAAAACUCCUCGAACAGCAAGGUGUAUGGCUACUCCAUUCUGAUAGGAGUAGGCUCCGGAAUGUUCAUCCAGACUUCAUUCUCAGUGGCACAAGCCAAAGUACCCAGCUCCAGAUCAUCAGAUGCUACAUCUUUCAUCGCAUUGGCUCAAAACCUGGGCAUAAUGCUUGCGCUUGCCAUCUCAGGUGCCGUAUUUCAAAACACAGCUCUCAACGACUUGCAGCGAAUACUUCCCAAUAUUCCACGGAAUGAGCUGCGGGGGGCGAUUGCCGGAGUUGAUAGUAGUCUUCUUACGCGGAUACCAGCUUAUGUUAGAGGUCAAGUGCACCACGUUGUUGUUCAAGCUAUGAGCCGGACUUAUUAUCUGGUUCUUGUAGCGAGUGCUAUGGCGUUCCUUGUAUCCUUCUUUAUGAAGCGAGAAAGAAUCUUCAUAAAAGGUGCUGCUGCUAUUUAA